GAAUGAAACUGACUUGAAGUUUGAGUUGACAAAACUCGAAUGUCAUUUUUAUUCCCUGAAAUCAACGCAGAUAAACCAUGAAGAUAAUCAAUUUCGACCGUCUUCUCAAAUCUCUCAAUCUCAAAUCAGAAAGACCUAUGAAGUUUCCAUAUACUACGGCAGCCCAAUUGAUGCAGUUUCCAUAUGCUUAUCAUUGGAAAAACCAAUGGACAUUCCGAUACUAUUUUUAUGCGAUUAUUCUUUCAGCACCUGUAUUUUAUAAAAUAGGAAGAUUAGCAAAUAACGAGUCCAACGUCCAAAAGUGGAAAGAAAUUAAACAGAAAGAACAGGAACAUCUGAAGCACAGAUGGGAUUGAGGAAGGUCAAUCAAAGUUUUAUACAUCACAAAUAAUAUUUUCUUAAUUAUAAUUAUAUGUCUAUGAGAAGAAGCUAUAUUAUUGGAUCUGUAAUCGACAUAUUUCGUCAUUAAAUUUUUUUUACUUGAAUAAG